GGGACAAUGGUUUAUGUGUUUGUUAUGUUCUGUAAUUUUAUUUCAGUUUUUAUUAUUUCUGUUUUGUAUUAUAAAAGCUUUGGCAAUACCUGAGCGCUCUCGUCAUGCCAAUAAAGCAUUUUUGAGAGAGAGAGAGAGAGAGAGAGAGAGAGAGAGAGAGAGAGAGAGAGAGAGAGAGAGAGCGAGAGAGAGAGAGAGAGAGAGAGAGCGAGCUGUUUUAACAGACAGACGACUACCACUCCUCAGCUCUCGUCUGAAACUUCUGGGGUUACAGCUAAGAUUUCGACAACUAGAAAUUUUGGAUCAAAUUUCAAAACAUUUUUGGGCAGUGAGAUUACGAAGAUGUCUGACAACGGCACUGCCAGCGAGCCUGCGCACGAGAGCGCCCUGCACGGGCUGCACGUGCUCUCCAUGGUCGUGUACUCCCUCACCUUCCUCCUGGGCACCACGGGCAACGGCCUGGUCAUCUGGAUCACCGGCUUCAAGAUGAAGAAGACCGUCAACACCGUGUGGUUCCUCAACCUGGCCAUCGCCGACUUCGUCUUCACUGCCUUCCUGCCCCUCACCAUCGCCACCAACGCACUGGGAUUCAGGUGGGUCUUCGGGGGCUUCAUGUGCAAGCUGAACUCGGGGGUCCUGGUCACGACUAUGUACAGCAGCGUGUUCCUCCUCGCCGCCAUCAGCCUGGACCGCUGCGUCUCCGUGGUGGCCGCCGUUUGGGCGCACAACUUCCGCACGGUCCGGAAGGCCUACCUCGCCUGCUUCCUCCUCUGGGCAGCCGCCCUCCUCAUGAGCUCCCCCUAUUUGGCUUUCCGCGACACGGUCGAGAAUCGCAACGUGACGUACUGCUCCUUCCGGCGCCACAACUAUUCAUCCGAAGCCCUGUCGAGCACGCUCAAGACCCUGACCCUGGUGCGGUUCUUGUUUGCCUUCGUCUUCCCUUUCCUGGUCAUCGUCUCCUGCUACGUCCUCAUCGCGCAACGGUACCGCGCCACGCAGCGUCAGCGCUCUUACAAACCGCUCAGAAUCGUGGUCGCCGUCGUCCUGACCUUUUUCGUCUGCUGGCUUCCCUUCCACGUCCUCCAGCUCGUGGAACUGAGAGCCCACGUCACAGAUGACCCUUUUCUGUGGAUGCUGGUGGAUUUCGGGAUGCCCAUCGCCACCGGCUUGGCUUUCUUCAACAGCUGCAUGAACCCGAUCCUCUACGUGUGCAUGUGUCAGGACUUCCGGGAGAAGUUCAGGAAGUCCUUCCUGCUGGUGAUUGAAAGCGCCUUCGUGGAGGAGGGGACUCUGUACGCCAUGAGCGCGUCCCGGCGCUCCACGGUCCAGAUGGAGUCCUUGGUUAACGGGAACAAACAGGACAGCACUGCAGGGUGAGCCCGAAGCCGGAGACUGUGAACCGCGCCGAACACUGGACCAUACCGAAUACAGACAGACUUGCAGAUCCCCUUUCAGUCACUGCUUUAUGAUUGUACCAUGUUACGUUUCCUAUCUAGAUCUAUUUUAUAAUGCGUGUAUGUUUUUUUGUUUUGUUUUUUUUCAGGGCAGCUUCCCGAACUCCAUAGAGUUCACACAAACUGUUUAAAAAUGUCUAAAAUUCUAACAGAAAAUCACGUCCAAAGGGGAUAUAUUUGGAAACAUUGCAGGAGUCUGGAGGUGAGCUUGGUUCACAGCACACAGGGUUUAUUUUAAUAGUUAAAACCUCAUCUUCCGAGUGUAGGGCCUCUAUUCCUGUAGAAGAGAUGCCAUCUCGUUGCAGUUUGGGUGUUCAAACUCAACGCUCACACACCCAACACAUCGCGUAUUAACGUAUUAUACCACUCCGAAUCAGAUCUGGAACCCAGGAACUACUAUUCAAAAAUAAAAAAGCACUGCUUUUUUUUUUUUUGAAUUGGUUGGUUUCUCGAACAUGACUCAUAAGAUCUUAAUAUGACUGAUUCCUCUUCAGAAAUCUGUUGCCCUUAAUGAGAAAUGUAAAAAUGCAGCAAAGCCAAACGUAUUCAUAUCCUGUGUAUGAAGCCUGCGGUAACCACGGUGACAGAACGGGUUCCAGUGUAUUUCAUGCAGCUUGUUCGCAUGCUUCUCUUGUCCUUUUUGCAGCCAGGUCCGUUUUUAUUCCAUGCAUUUAUUAUCAUUAUUAUUUUUUAAAUUCUCUUGCAGAGGAGCUGAUCAUAAUAAAGCAGUCUUUGUGAAUUGA